GCAAAGCGAGAUCCAGGUAGCUGGCUGCGUGUUUCCAUGCGGAAGAGAAGGGGGUGUUGAUCAUACUGUGUCUAGAAAGAUCGUUCAAAGUUUAAGACCUCUUUUCAAGUCAAGGGAAGCUCUCGCGUCCACUUCGGAAAGAUCUGGAGUGGCGUUGGCAACCUGCAGAGAACAGAAGGGGGAAGCAUUUGCUGUUGCAAAUACCUGUUUGUUUGUUCCUACCUCGUUAGCAGCCUUGUCACAUUUGAUGAGCCUUUGCCGAAGACGCGCACUGCCGUCGCCUUCACUUUCCAAUCUGCGUAGCCAGAGGCAGAAUCCGCCGGGCGUCGGGGUUAGCCGGCGAGGUCAGCUGCCUUUCUCUCCGGGUCUUUUCUUCGGGUGCAGAUGUACUUGUUGCAACCGGGCGGUACUGGGAAGAGGUGAGAAGUCCUCGCCUCACGGCCUCGCCUCCCUCCAGAGCAGCCGGUUGCGCCAGACUAAAGGCCAGCCCUGGCUGGUCUCUGAAAUAGCUUUCUCAGCCAAAGGUCAGGGCUGCCAGAGGUCAAGAGGGAAGAACCCUCCCCCGAACUCCUUAACAGCAGAAGGGUGUUUAGAGGGCACCUCUGGUCCACCUAACGUGAUCUAUGAUUAGCUCGGUGUGCGUCUCAUCUUACCGAGGGCGCAAAUCAGGGAACAAGCCACCCUCCAAAACAUGCCUGAAGGAAGAGAUGGGCAAAGGGGAAGAGUCGGACAAGAUUACCAUCAAUGUGGGGGGCACCAGGCAUGAGACCUACAAGAGCACUUUGCGCACAUUGCCUGGCACCAGGCUGGCCUGGCUGGCUGACCCUGAUGCCCAGAGCAACUUUGACUUUGAUGGGCAAAGCAAUGAAUUUUUCUUUGACCGUCACCCAGGUAUCUUCUCCUAUGUGCUGAACUACUACCGCACAGGCAAACUGCACUGCCCUGCAGACAUCUGUGGGCCCCUUUUUGAGGAGGAGCUCACCUACUGGGGCAUUGAUGAGACUGAUGUGGAGCCCUGCUGCUGGAUGACCUACCGCCAGCAUCGCGAUGCUGAGGAAGCCCUGGAUAUCUUUGAGAGCCCUGAGCCUGGUAGUGGAGGAGCUGGAGAAGAGGCUGAGGAUGAAGGGGCCAGGGAGGUGACUCUUCAGCGCUUGGGCAUGGAUGACAGGCCUCCUGGAGCUCCUGGGGCCACUGGAGGAGGAGGCUGUUGUCACAGCUGGCAGCCCAGGAUGUGGGCUCUCUUUGAGGAUCCCUAUUCUUCCAGGGCAGCCAGGGUAAUUGCCUUUGCUUCACUUUUUUUCAUCUUGGUAUCUAUCACAACAUUUUGUCUGGAGACGCAUGAAGCCUUCAUCAUAGAUGUUAAUGUGACUGAGACACUGGUGGUGGGCAACACAACAGAGGUCUUUGUGAUGCAAAAGAUGGAGACAGAACCCAUUCUUACUUACAUUGAAGGAGUCUGUGUGCUUUGGUUCACUCUGGAGUUUCUAGUGCGCAUCAUUUGCUGCCCAGAUAAAUUGGUCUUCAUUAAGAACCUUCUUAACAUCAUUGACUUUGUAGCCAUCUUGCCCUUCUACUUGGAGGUGGGACUCAGUGGCCUGUCAUCCAAGGCUGCACGGGAUGUGCUAGGCUUCCUGCGAGUAGUUCGCUUUGUUCGGAUCCUCCGGAUUUUCAAGCUGACUCGCCACUUUGUGGGGCUUCGGGUGCUAGGUCAUACACUUCGGGCCAGCACCAAUGAAUUCCUCCUUCUCAUCAUCUUCCUGGCUUUAGGAGUUUUGAUUUUUGCCACCAUGAUCUAUUAUGCUGAAAGGAUUGGAGCCAAACCAUCGGACCCCAGUGGAAGUGAACACACACAUUUUAAGAAUAUCCCCAUUGGAUUCUGGUGGGCAGUAGUGACAAUGACAACAUUGGGCUAUGGUGACAUGUACCCUAAAACCUGGUCAGGCAUGCUGGUUGGUGCUCUUUGUGCCCUGGCUGGAGUUCUUACCAUAGCCAUGCCUGUCCCUGUAAUUGUCAACAAUUUUGGAAUGUAUUACUCAUUGGCUAUGGCCAAGCAGAAACUCCCAAAGAAGAAGAAGAAACACAUACCCCGUCCAGCACCACUGGACUCCCCAACAUACUGCAAGUCAGAGGACAAUUCACCUCACAACAGCAUUCAGAGUUACAACAGCCCCAUGGCAGCAGCAACGGCAGCAGGGGUGGAAGAAAGGAAAAGAUCAGAUACCAAGCAGAAUGGUGAUGCCAACGUGGUGCUGUCAGAUGAGGAGCAGCCCCUUUCACCGUCACAGGAAGAGAAGUUGCCCAUGAGGCGCUCAAGUACCAGGGACAAAAACAAGAAAGCAGGCACUUGCUUUCUUCUGAGUGCUGGAGAUUUCUCAUGUGCUGCUGAUGGUGGCAUCCGGAAAGGACUGUUGAAUCCUCACUGUCACUAGAAGCUGGGAUUGGCUCAAGCAGUUUUCCUAUUAGAAAUGUAAAAGGGGAGAAUGUAAACUAGGAGAACCAGAAUUUUUGCUGUAAUCCUGCUUGCUUUGUGUUUGAUGUAUAAAAACUUGUUUGAGACAUCAUCCCAGGGUUUUCCCACAUAACCAAUGUCAUCAUGCUGCACAAACACUUGAACUGUUCCAUCAGCAGUCAGAUCUUUUUUAUUGUACUGACUGAUCUGCUAGCUGGCAUAACUGCUGUUCUCAUGUAGUCACUUAAAUGGUUCCUGGACUUUGUCACAGAUGGACUUUAUUAAUCUUAGAUACCUUCCUGCAGAUGCUUCAGUAUGCAAGUGCCAACUAUUGUCUGCAGAUCUCACCUUUUUUAAAGACUCCACUGUGUGCGUUCCAAGUGUUUCUGAUGUUCUGUUUCCUUGCCAUAAAUUAUAUUCAUAGAAUUGUU